UCAUGUGUCGUUAAACAGAAGCAGGGGCACUGAAAGAGGAAAGUUCUCCGUGGCUGGACACACGUCCAGUGAAUUUAGUCAGUGAACGCUGAAUAAAAUCACUUGUGUGAUUCAUGAGGACAGAGAAAAAUCACCGAGGGUUCGGUGAAUUUAAAGUCACGUCGGAACAAGAGCAAAAACAACUAGUUCAGCAGCUGUAGUGGAUCCGGUGGCAUUUAUCAUUCAACAGCGUUGAGUCAUUUCCAAGACUACAUGUGAUGGGGUGAGGAUGGGACAGUGCUGGAGUGGUGCUGGCAGCGACUGCAGCCCUGGGGGCGGAUGAACCUGCUCCAUUGGCCAGUCAGGAUGCACAUAGCAUCAGUGGGUGUCAGCAAGUCAUGCUUUGUGUUCUCACUUGUGUUCUGUGGCCUCUUGCUUCUGUUCAUCCCUGCCCUCCAGCCCGCAGUUCGCCAGGUGGACCUACCUCAGCCCAGACGCCAAAUUAGACCUACACAGGCAGUCUCAUUGCACCACAACGGGGUUCCAGGAGUGCCCGACCAUACAGGGGAAAAUGAGGGCAAGGGGGGAUCCAUUGACAGUGAAAUAAACAGGAGUUACAAGCAAGAUGUGGACCCCAAUAGAAGCCAAGAAAGAGGAGCUUUCCCUGGAAGACAGAGCGGUAAAUUAUCAGCUUCUACAUCCCAUGACCUGUUGGAGUUGAAGGACAUUUUUAUUGCUGUGAAGACUACCAGGAAGUACCACAAGUCCAGACUGGAGCUGCUGAUUCAGACCUGGGUUUCCCAAGCAAAAGAGCAGACUUUCAUGUUCACUGAUGAUGAGGACAACGAGCUUCGGAUGAGAACAGGAGUGAACAUCAUUAACACUAAUUGCUCGGCGGCUCACACCCGACAGGCUCUGUGCUGCAAGAUGUCCGUGGAGUACGACAAAUUCAUCGAGUCUCAAAAGAAGUGGUUCUGCCAUGUGGACGAUGAUAACUAUGUGAUUCUGCCCAGCUUGUUGCGAUUACUCUCCACCUACCACCACAGCCAGGAUGUUUACCUGGGCAGGCCCAGUCUGGAUCACCCGAUAGAGGCAGCGGAGCGAGUCAAGAGUGACGGAUCAAUGUCUGUUCAGUUCUGGUUUGCCACGGGAGGAGCAGGCUUCUGUAUCAGCAGAGGACUGGCACUGAAAAUGAGCCCCUGGGCCAGUUUAGGGAACUUCAUCAGCACAGCAGAGAAGAUCCGACUCCCAGACGACUGCACCAUCGGCUACAUCAUCGAGGCGCUGCUGGAGGUCUCCCUCACGCACACGCGCCUCUUCCAUUCUCAUCUGGAGAACCUGCAGAAGCUGCCCACUGACACUGUGCUGGAGCAAGUGACUCUCAGCUACGGAGGCUUUGAGAACAGAAGGAAUGUAGUCGCCAUUGUUGGAGGUUUUUCACUGGCUGAAGAUCCCACAAGGUUUAAGACGGUUCACUGCCUCCUGUACCCAGAUACUGACUGGUGUCCAAAGCUCAAACCUCGCCUCAAACACAGAGAGCCACUGCAGCAUUGACACCCGCCGGACCUCCGCCCUCGCUCUGCCGCGUCUGAGCCUGGCUCACGCGCAGCUUGGGAAUCCGUCACGUCAUGUGACAUUAAGCAGAUGCCUUUAUUCAGAGCAGCCUCAGCUCAUGCUUCAUUAAUGCACAUCUCUGGUGUGAAUGAAUGAAUGAAUGGGUAGAACUGAUCUAAUAGGUGCAACCAAAGAGUGACUUUACGGGGCUGACAGACCAUGAAAGUGGCUGAAGCCCUCUUGUGUUUGGUGUUGCAUUUUUCUCCAUUUGUAAAUUAGCUUUGGAAAGUAAGUGUUAAGAAAAAAAAAAACCAACAACACAACAGCCUCCUUUUCUGUUCAACCAACAUGCACGAUAAGGCCACUGUGUAGACAUUUUGUGAGUGAUGUUUUCACAUCAGUGUGGUAUUAUGUUGCACGUCCUGUAUGUGCACAUUGCUUAUAGAGAAGGCAAACCUGAGGUGGGAAACAUUCAUGUUCAAAUAUCUAAAGCACAUGGCUCCUGCAGUCAGGAACUAACACUGCAACAUCGCUGCUAAGUUGACUCCUAAUGGGAAAUUUAAAUGGUUUGAUUGAAUCUGGAAUCUUUACAUUCUGUGUUCUAUUCAAUGAAGCAUAUUGUUUCCAUUAGACUUUAGCGUCUGUAAUGCACUCAGAUGAUUUACCAUUUAGAUUGAUGGUCUCUUGAUGUUUACUACUCGACUGGUAAAAAGUGAUUGAUUUUCUGGAACUUGGUGACAAAACCUUGGAGGCGACGCUGGAAAGACAAAACCCAGCUGUGAUGAAAUCCUUUUUAUUGGGGCAGAAUUUGACUCUUCUUAUCUUAUAGUGAUUAAAGAACCACUUCAUACAGAGGAUACAGUUUAUAUGAAGGAUGUUAUUACCUACUCACCAACAGACCACUGACCCGGUAUGGAUACUGUUGAAGGCAUCAUUUCUCAUAGUGAAAAAUGUUUGAGGUACUUUAAAAACGGGACUGAGCAACAUUUUACAUUUUCUUUUUUUUUUAAUCUGUCAUGAACCACACAUUUGCACUUAGUAUUGGUUUAAAUAUGAGUGAGUAUUUGUGUUCAGUGUUUUUUUACAUUUAGGCUGUAGUUGUAGCUCGCUGUACACUUCUUCAAAACCGAGCGGCACUUUUUGUUGUAGUCGAGGUCAAACCUGUCCGAUGAAGCGACCAAGUCUUCCCCGUGCUCUGCUCCCUGUGUGCUUGUCCGUUGUGUUUAAAUACAUACAAUUUAAAAUAUCAUGUGAUUUCAGCCCCAAGUUCGUUUAGACAGAUCUGUGUAUGGAAAGACAUCAAUGCGGAGGGGAUUCUUGUCUGACUGCAAUCUUUUGACUUCAGUGGGUGGAGCCUAACAAAUGUCUCAACAACAUUUUUCGUGACAAUUGGUGUGAAGGGUCAUUAAAGGGUAGUUUCUAAAAAUACGCUUGAUCCCUGAACCUUUUGUGUAGCGCCAACGUGAGGUCAAAUUGUUCUGCUUAGCAACACUUAAGAAAACUGUUCUUCCUUUUUAGAAUACUGGUUUGUCUUUGAUGAUCUGGGUCUUUGGCUCCACUUGCUCACACAACCAGUGUUAAUUUUUCUGCUAAACAGCUAUGCUUCUCCAAAUUGCAGAGGUGGCGUCUCACUGCAGGUCAGUGAGUGAGCCUGAGGGAGAGAAGUGCUUCUGUAAACUCUUUACCGCUCAUGUAUUAUGUUGAUUUUUUUUUUUAAGAAUAAAACCCUCUUCUCCGUC